GGACAUCAUAAUUUGACAGUUCUCUGCUUUUCAGCAUUACAAUCUGUAAAGGGAAAAGAAGACAAAAGUAAAAGGCAAAACAGAGAUCUUUGACCCACUAUACCUGCCUCUCCCAGGUUCUAGUCCUUGUACCCAUCGUCAAGGAAAGUUCAUUUCCUGCAAACCCAGCUCAUUUUUCCACUUCCCCAAAAAUAACUUGUUCUCAGGUAUCAGUCCAGACAAAAUGGCUUCUUGGCUGUUAUGGCUGAUUGUUGUGUUCACCAUCAUAACAGUUGGAAAGGGAAAGCAAAAUGUUCGCCAAGUAUGCCACCCCAAUGACCUGAAAGGUCUAACUAGCUUCAAGGCUGGAAUCCAUGUCGAUACUUCUGGCCGGCUGGCAAAGUGGGUUGGUCAUGGUUGCUGCAGCUGGGAAGGCAUCACCUGCAACGAAACAACAGGCAGGGUGACUGGAAUCCGUCUUCCAGGAUUCAUUUCCACAAACGAUUUCGUCUUCCAAUCUCAGAUGAGAGGGUUGCUUUCUCCUUCAAUAACACUCGUGAGCUGUCUCGAAGUCAUUGAUCUUGGUGGUCUGAUAGGUCUUGCUGGCAGAAUCCCACCAUCAAUUGGUUUGCGCCUCCCAAAUCUCAGAAAGCUUUAUCUAUAUGGAAACAAGCUCAUCGGCCCAGUGCCUGAUAGUAUCGGUAAGCUGUCAAAACUUGAGGAACUUCACCUGUAUGAGAAUAGAUUGUCUGGUUCUCUCCCAUCAACCAUGGGUAACCUUAAAAACCUUAACCAGCUACUUCUAUAUUCAAAUGAACUAGCUGGUAAGAUACCUGAUUCAAUCACGGAUUUGACGAAUAUUGUACAGAUGGAUCUUCAUAGCAAUAUUCUGACUGGUCAUAUACCAGAAAGGAUUGGUGAAAUGCAGGUAUUGGAAAAACUCGAUCUUUCGGAAAAUCUCUUAACAGGUAAAAUUCCACAUUCAUUAGCAAACUUAAAUUCCAUCUCAGAGUUGUACUUGAAUACCAAUUAUCUAGAGGGUGAGAUCCCAUUUCCAUCUAGUUUUGGCCAACUGUCUUCACUUGGCUUUCUUAGACUUGAUGAUAACCAUCUAACUGGAAGGAUACCAGCCAGUUUUGGAAAUAUGGUUUCUCUUCAGAGAGUUUCCCUAGCAAAUAACAAGUUUGAGGGGGUGAUUCCCUCUAGUUUGGGCAAUCUUUCAGCUUUGAAAGAAUUGUAUCUCUCUGGCAAUCUAUUAUCUGGCCAAAUACCAGAAUCAGUAGGUCAGCUCUCUCAACUCAUUAUGUUCAAUGUAUCUCACAAUCAGAUUCAAGGACCACUACCUCAUGAGUUGUCUUCCCUUGAAAAUCUUCAAACACUAGAUUUGUCAUUCAAUCAUCUUAACCUCAUCUCCUUCCCACGGUGGCUAGCUGAAUUGCCAUCCCUUUCAAGGAUAUACUGUGCUAGAUGUGGAAUCCAAGGCGAAAUUCCAGACUUCUUGCAAGCAACUCCCAGUCCUAUACAGGAGCUGGACUUGUCCUCUAACCAUCUCACUGGAAGCUUGCCGGCAUGGCUGGGGCGCCUUACUCAGCUCUACAAAUUAAACUUUUCAAGGAACUCACUUGUUUCAAGGAUCCCUGUUUCAGUUAGAAAUUUGCAGUAUUUGGGUGUGCUUGAUCUCCAUUCAAACAAGCUAACAGGCCCAAUAAAUAAUGUGUUUCAGAUAGGAAAUGCCUUUUCUGAUGGUUCAUUGACAUAUAUUGAUCUCUCCGAUAACUAUUUCUCUACUGGCAUUGUACAAGCUGGAGUGGGCUCACAAACUGGGAUUCAGUACCUCAACUUGUCCCAUAAUUUUCUUGAAGGGCGUGUAACCACAACUAUAGGGAGAUUGAAAUCACUGCAAACAUUGGAUUUGAGCUGUAACAAGUUAGGUUUCAACUUGCCGGAGGCUUUAGCAAAUGUUAGCUCCUUAGAGAAGCUGAAGCUGCAGAAAAACCACUUCACUGGCAGGAUACCAGUUGGGUUUCUGAAGCUGAAAAGGCUGAAGGAACUGGAUUUAUCAGAUAAUCUUCUUGCAGGGGAGAUUCCUGCAGGGAAACCAUUAACUGACUUUCCCCAGAGUUCCUAUUCUGGAAACAAAGGUUUAUGCGGAAAGCCUCUUUCUCCCUGUAAGGUAAAAGGUUUACUUCUAGUUGAAGAACCUCUAAAACCAUGCUAAUUUUUUCAAAUAUUGAAACACUGAGUAGAUUAAAUAUCAUGAUGCAUUCCAUGA